AUGCUAUAUUGGGUGUAUGAUGAAUCCACAGAUGCUGCUGUCAUCAAGCUUAAGGAAGAUUGCAUCCGUUUGCGCAAUCCAGAGAUUAUACGCGAAUCUCAGCGACGGCGGUUUGCUAUUGUUGAACUUGUUGAUAAAAUCAUUCAACUUUAUGAAGAAUGGAAAAGCCGUCAAUUCGAGCUGGAACAGUUCCGAAAGGAUUUCAACAAGAUCAACAAAGAAGUCGCCAAACUCAGAAUUUCAGGACAAGAUGCGACUUCAUUGAUUAAAGAUACCGAGGAAAACAAGCAAUUAACUGCGAAGAAAGAAGCACAGUUUCAAGAGGCCCAAAGAGCAUUGCAUUCAAAUCUGAAUCUGGUUGGAAAUAUUGUUCAUGACUCUGUUCCCGUUAGCAACGAUGAGGCAGAUAACGAGAUAGUUAGGAGUUGGGGAGAGAAGAGAGAUGAAGCAAAACUGAGAAAUCAUGUGGAUCUUGUUGAUCUUCUUGGAAUUGCAGACCUGAAAAGAGGUGCUAAUGUUGUUGGUGGUAGAGGAUAUUAUCUAAAAGGAGAUGAUGUGCAUCUCAAUCAAGCUCUAGUGAAUUUUGGCCUUGAUUUCUUGGAGAAGAAGGGUUACACACUGUUGCAGACUCCAUUCUUCAUGAGAAAAGAUAUCAUGGCAAAAUGUGCUCAAUUAUCACAAUUUGAUGAAGAACUCUACAAAGUAACAGGUGAAGGAGAUGACAAGUACUUGAUUGCUACUGCUGAACAACCACUUUGUGCUUAUCACAUGGAUGAUUGGAUCCAUCCAACACAGCUGCCAUUAAAAUAUGCAGCAUAUUCAUCUUGCUUUCUUAAAGAAGCUGGAUCACAUGGGCGUGACACUCUUGGGAUUUUUCGUGUUCAUCAGUUUGAGAAACUGGAACAGUUCUGCAUCACCAACCCUAAUGAUAAUGAUUCAUGGGACAUGCAUGAAGAAAUGAUGAAAAACUCAGAGGAGUUUUAUCAGAUGUUGAAACUUCCAUAUCAGGUAGUGUCUGUUGUUUCUGGUGCUUUAAACGAUGCUGCUGCAAAGAAGUAUGAUUUAGAAGCAUGGUUUCCUGCAUCCAGUACCUACAGAGAGCUUGUUUCGUGCUCAAACUGCACUGAUUAUCAAUCAAAAAAACUGGAGAUUAGAUAUGGCCAAAAGAAGAGUAAUGAGGAGACAAAGCAGUAUUGUCAUUUAUUAAAUUCUACCCUCACAGCAACAGAGAGGACUAUAUGCUGUAUACUUGAGAACUACCAGAAAGAAGAUGGUGUUGAAGUGCCAACAGUGCUUCAGGGAUUCAUGGGUUGCAAGACAUUCUUGCCUUUUCAAUCCACUGUUAUCAAAGAAACAAAAGGAAAGAAAUCAAAGGCAUAA